AGUAGCGCUGGUUUUAACAUUGGCGUUGCUUAUACAUCUCCGAACGUGCUUUUGUCAUUCAUUUCAAUUUAGUAGUAGUAACGUUGUAUGAACUGAUAAACUUUUGCAGUCGCUUCUCAUGACGAAACAGUAUAGCAUCCAAUAAACUACACAAUGAAAGUUGAUGAUGUUGAACAAGAUUGGUUGUUUUACCUUGCUCAACCAAAUAAAUUAUUAUCGGACAUUGAGAGUUUAACUAUAUCACAUCAGUUGGAGUUGCUUAAACAAUCCUUAUCACAGGCUGAAAUAAGUGAAAGAAAAACUAGUCUCACUAAUUGUGAAAAUAAUUCAGUGGACAACUUCAUCGGAGAAAAUGAAACUAUGAAUCCUGAUGACAUAUUUGUAGAGUCGUCUAAGUUAUUCAAAAAGUCCAAAGUUUUGGAUAUGAUGUCCUUACAGAUUGCUGCUAAUCUAAAAUUCAAUCUUAAUCUUUUUCGAGUCAUAUCAGAAAUGCCCAUUAAGCUUCUUGCACGUCUCUAUAGAGUGCUCGUCAUGAAUACUUCAAAAUUUUCGUCAGUUUUACAACCUCUGUUUGAACAGGCGACAAAUAAAGAAAAUAUUUUCAUUAUAAAUCCUUACGGAUACUAUACAUGGUCUCAGUUAAAUCCUAUGACAAUUUAUGGUUUGAUGUCUUACCAUAUAUGGUGCCUUCAUGUAUCUCAUACAUCCAGUAUGCUGCCACAUCCCUUUCGAAAUCUUACCCCUAUUGUUUCUGGUUUAACUGAGAUUCCUGAGGUGGCGUUUUUUGCGGAUAAUCGCGUGGAAGUUGGCGUUGUUCUCACUCGUAUACAUGAGUCUGUAAACCAGUUAAACGAAAUCAACAGUCUUUUGGAUGAUCUCAACAUAGCUAGACCUCUUCCUUCAGUGUUUUCAGCGCUAAAUUCUAUGUUUUCUACAGUUUUUGAACCAAAGGUUAAGUCUACUCAGGAUGAUCAGAACCAUAACGGUUUAUCAGAUUUUGUUCUUAACAACUCGAUACCUCUCUCCAAAAGCUAUCUUUCUGCAUCACUUAACUUUGUACUCGGAAGGUACGCCUUUCAGCAGCAACAGUUUACUCAAUCACAGAAGCUUUUUCAAAUCGCUUAUGAUGAAAUGCAAGACCAAAAGUUUGAAUAUUUAGAUGAAGCAGGAGCUACACCGAAAUUACUACAGGCUUAUUUAAGUGCUUGCAAAUCAUACACAUCUUCAGACAUUAUUUCAAACGAAUUUUCACUUUUUCAAUCUGACAAUCAAUUUUUAGAAACAUUUUGUCGUUUAUUAGAAGUAAAUACAUCAGAUUCUCAUCAUAAAGAUUCAAUCAAUAUAUUUUGGAUUCAACCAUGGGAUACAUCUGGUACAACAUCCGUCAAUAUGGAAUCUAAAGUUUAUAGUGGAUUACUUACUACCAUAGAAGAUCAUCUUUAUCAAGUUUUACUGAAUGUGAACCAAUUUUUCAUUGAUGAUUCAUCUAAUCCAUAUAUUCCAAUUAGUUUAGGAGUUCGUAAUAAAUUAGAAAGUUUGUGCUUAAAACAACUGCAUAAUUGUACUAGUUUACUUGAUGAUACAAACGAUGCUGCACGAAAUAUACCUUCUACAAAACAAUCAAAGCAUAAUAAGAAGUUAUUAUCAAAUGAUAAAAUGUCAAUUUUUAACACAGUUCAUCAACUAUUCACUAAGGUACAUAUAUGUAAUACAGUUGAUCGACUAAUGUCUGAAUCUAUAGAAUUGCCACUUUCAUUAUCAACUGAAUUGUUAAUGAAUAUUCCACAGAGAAAUUCUGAAAGUUCAACGAAAAAAGAACACAGGUCAUCGUCUUCAUUGUCUUCUUCUUCUUCAUCAUCAUCAUCAUUUUCUCCUCCAUUUAUCGAUGUAAUAAUUGGACGAGAAUUUCUGUUUGACUGUUUAACUUCUAUAAUGGAAAAGCUGUCUACUAAAAAUUCGAACUUAUCGUCUUCGUCUCAAUUUAUUAUUAUAUGUCAAUAUGUAAGAUAUUUGGUACAAGAAGGGAUUUGUUUACUUGGUAAUUUAGUGCAUAAACCACUUCCUAAAUCGAAUUAUGAAUUAAAUUCAAUACAAAAGAAUUAUCAAGAUUUAUUAAAAACACUUGUAUCACAUAAAUUAAUGGAUUUCUUACCAGAAUCUUGCAGAAAAUAUAUCCAGUCUAUCUUCCAAGCAGUAAAUUCUGGAAGUUCGUCAGAAACGGAAGUAAACUCCAACCCUAUUUGUGCCUUUAUUCCUGACCUUCUUUCUGACCUACCUAAUCUAGAUAUUGAUCUUGAUUCGAACUUAUAUCAAGUAGAUCCGGAUGGCUUAAAUUCUCUCGGACUUGGAUUCUGGGCAAAUUAUGAGAUAUAUCAAAAUACUACAUCGUUCAGACAACAGGUAUCCAGAGGCGGAUCCCCAUUUGGGAUUGUUGGUGAUGUGGAUAUGCGCAGCUUAGCCAAUCAGCAUCAGUCUCCAUCAACAUCAUUUCCUCAUAUGUCUAUUCCACAAUCCCGUGUAACUGGUGGACAUGGACCUUUUAUUCAUCAAUCACUUCAAACUUUUACUAGAGAAAACCCACUUGUAUGCGAUCUUCAAGUAAUACGUCAUCUUUUGAUAACAAGAAAUCCAACCGAUGUAAAUAUGUCAGUCGAUUAUCUAUUAAGGUCAGGUAUGACACCAAAUGGAAUUUUAGAAUUAAAUGGUUCGUGGCUCCCAUCUUUACAUUAUUUAGCUUCACUGGAAAUAGUCGGACCACAUCCUACCAAUGAGAACAGUUCAACUAAUCCAAUCGAUUUAUUGUUAUCAUCAUCCGGAAAUAUUAUGUGGGGGAUUACAGUAUUAAUACAAUUGGCUAAAGGUUCGUCCAUAAUACGUCAUGAAAUGUCACCGUUCACAGGAGCUAGGGCAUUUUUACUUUCUGCGUUAAAUAAUCUGGCGUCAAUUAAUCCUAUCAUACCACCUCCAUCGUCAUCAUCUGUUAAUCAUGUUACAACAACAUCUGGUCAUGUAGUUGGAAAACAAUCACGUCCUUGCGAUGCUUUUCAAUGGAUUCGUGCUGGUAUCAGACAUGAAUUACUAUUGGUUGACUUACUGGAAUUCUUGAAUCCGUCUUCAUUUAAUAAUUUCGGUGGAAAUAAUAAUCAGUCACAUUCAAUUAUAAAAUCAACUCUUCAUCCUGGACAAGUAUCAUUAAAUGAUUUAAUUAGACGAGUUAAAAUUUGUCUGUGUUAUGCUGCAGGUUUAUCAUCAAAUGCGAAUUCUUUAGAAACAAAAAUGGAAUCCAUGAAUUUGAUUGCUUUGUCUAAGGAGCUAAUUACUGCAGCCACUUGUUUCUUGUUAAUGGUCAAGGAAUGUGAUUUCUUGUAUCCCAUGUCGAUUCCAUCAAAAUCUAUUUCACUACCUUCCGGAAGUAUUUCAUUUUGUGUCGCAUGUGCUGGUUCCUUAGAUUUAAUUCGUAUUCUUUUGCAUUUUCAUGAAGUAUUACAUUCAUCAUCAUCGUCUCAUGAAAGUUCCAAUUCAACAACCACAUCAUCAUCAUCAACCAACUCGCAUGUAAAUUCAGAAAAACAAAAUUCUAACCAUUCAAUCAAAAAUAUUUUAAGCGCUACCGUUAAAUUUGGUGAUGCAGAUAGAUUAAAAACUGUUAUAAAUGAAUUUUAUGGAUUAAUUAUUCAUGGAUGCUUUGUCUCUGCAAAUAAUUCUAUAGAUACAAUAAAUAAUCUAGCAUUAUCUGGAUCGGAACAAUCCGUGCCACAACAACAACACCAACGCAGUUCUCGAAAUUACCAUCCAGAUACAUUAUCUAAUCGUUCUGGGAUCAGUUUGUCUAGUUUAUACAUUAUAGGUGAAAUGUUAGCAACAAUAGAUGAAAUUUCACUUUUAAUGUCUGCUGUUGGACUUAAAUUUCCAUUAGAUAAUAAACGUAUACUUUCUAAUUAUUCAUUUAUUGGAUUACAAUUAUUAGAUUAUUUAGUAAUUGGGUUUGCUCAAAUUAUACAUCAAAUUUGUGGAAAAUUUAAUUUACAAAUUUUAGAACAAAUAAUUAAUUGUUUUAAUACAGUUAAUAAUGUAGAAAAUAUUAAAAAUGAUGAACAAGUGAAUGAAGAUACAUUAACUACAACAAAAGGGACAACUACUACCAUCACCACCAGUGUUACUAACACUUCUACUGAUUCACAGUCUACUACUAAAUUUCGAUCUUCUAGGUGGGAUAAACCAAAAGAUAAUUUAUCCACUACUAAAAAACAUAAUAAUAGUAAUAAACGAUAUCAUUCUGACAGUCAUGAAUCUGUGACAUUGUCGUUUCUAGAUAAACAACUGUGGAUUUUAGACUUCGAAACGAAUUCUUCAGUAAGUCUAUUUAUAUACAUGUUAUAUUUAUAAUAGAUUUAUAUGAUAAUUUUCCAGAAUAACUCAUUUAUAUACUGAAUACAGUUUAUGUAAUUGGCUUGAUGACAUAAUUUUUUUUCGUGUGUGACGAAAUUAGUGUUAUUAUUGUCUAGCUGUGGAUUGAAUGUUCAAUUUUUGAUGUAGUCUUUGGACUUCCAUUGUGUUAUAACGCUCGGUUUUACUUCGUCUAAUGUUAUAACGGUUGGGUUUCCACGUUACACGUAUGGUAUGUUAAAUUGCUUUAGACGAAUAUCUACACUAGAUUCCCUCCCAGUAUCUAUUCUACAGGACUUCAGCACAACUCAGCUCAAGAACACGUAAUUAGCCUGACCACAACGUAAAUAUAUUUCCACACCAAAAACCGACACAAUCCAACAACAAUCAAUAAUAAGUGAGUCACAAUAAUAAGGAUAAGGGAAUAUAUAACUCGUCUGACGCUGUCAGACUAUCUACGUGUCUGACUAAGCAGACAACCAAUCAUGAUCAUUCUCGCCCGCACAUCACACUGUUUUAGCUAGAAAGCUACAGUUUUAUAAAGAAAUUCAACUCUUGUAUUCCAGUUCUCGGUGAAUGCAGCAAUUAAUAUUGUCACUCAUCAAAUACUUAUGUUUCUUUUGCAUACAAGCUAGUUACCAAAACACUUGUCAUAAUACUACAUAAAACAAGUAAAACUUAUUCGUUCAUAAUUCAUCUCAUUCUAAAACGUAAAUUGGUGCAAUUAAUACAUGAAUAGUAAAUUUAAAGUUAUAUAAUGAACUGAUCUUAGUUAGAUAACCAACACGAAUAUGGAAGCACUGGACAGCCGUUUCGUUUUCGUAUGAAAUUUCUAAACAGUAUGAGUCUUCUGGGGAUCGGACCCGGGACAUUCAAAUCUUUCGGUGUGUGCUUAAUCCACAGUCUAUCAAGUUAGCAUACAAUGUUCUACGUAUUUAACUUUAAUCACUAUCGUGGUAAUAUUGUCUAACGUUUCUCUGACUGAAAUCAGUCCGUGAAAUAAACUAUCAAAUUCAACGAUCUCCAUAAUCUCUCUACACUAAUGGGGAAUUCAAUCAAUCAAAAAAAGAGAGUAAAGCGCGUACUAAAUAAUAAUGAGAAAUGGAAUAAGAAGAAUAAUUUCAGAAACCAAUCAUGCCUAUCAAAAGAGUACAAUUUCCGUUGAUUAUCUCAGGAUUCAUCAAAGUCAGACUGAGUCAGCGUUGUGUGUAUUUAGAGGUAAGAUUAGAAUAAUUAAUAGUAUUUGAUAUAUUAUAUGGAAUUGAUAUAGUCGAAUCUGUUCGAGACUCACUUUAACGGCUACAAGUUCGCCGGCACUAAAAGACAUGACAAUCGUGAACCUAUGUGAAGGGUAGUCCUUUGUAAUUAUAAGUAAUAAGUAAAGCCAAGAAUAGUGUAUAAGGUACCUAUUAUUUCAAACGAAUAUCACAUAAGUACAGUUAAGUGCUCUAGUGAUUAUCACAGCCAAUAAAAUAAACCAAUAAAAUAUAAACAAACAAGAUUCUUCUUAUCUCUAAUAGUCUUUUUGGUAAAACUACACUACGAAGACUACCUUGAACGACUGAUUAACCUAUUAGAAGACAGCGUUUAGUUCUGAAACAAUUAUAAGUAAAAAGUAAUAACAUUACGAUCUAUAAAACGUUUUAAAAGGAUUAGUUGACGUAUCAAAAAAUACCAAAAUGUCCCUCGUCAAAGCCCCUAGAAACCCAGAAACAGAAUGAAAUUUUAUAUCCAAUCAGCGUUCAAUAGAAUCUUUGCAGAAAUACUCAACAAAUGCAGAAUCAUGUCCCACGAUUUUAAUUGGAAAUUUACCUACGCUGCUGCCAUAUUUAAUGUGGUUCCAGGAGUCCUAGGUCUCAUAUGACUGUAAAUACCCUCAUUUUUCUGUACAUAAACUAACCUUGAAUUAAAGCUUUUAUUUGCAAUUCUCACCUCCCUUUCUAGUGUUCCAGUUAACAUGGAGAAUUAGUUUGGGUUAUCGAAACCGGCCAAGAAGACAGUUUUCUUGUUAUCACGAGCGGCAUUGCCAGCUAACUCCAAAACUUCCGCAGCCAGGUAUUCGAGAACUGCAGCUAGAUAGACUGGAGCACCUGCACCAACACGCUCGGCGUAAUUACCCUUGCGUAGAAGACGAUGUACACGACCAACAGGGAAUUGAAGUCCAGCGCGGGCUGACCUUGUCUUAGCCUUACUACGAACUUUUCCACCUUUACCGCGUCCACUCAUUAUUUUAAGAAGCCGAGAGUGGGGAGAGUCCGCUCUCCCUCUCAAAAUGCUCACACAUGGCCACGCGUAUACAGCCUCUGCCAGGGAAGUCCUACUCACUGCCUUCACGUGGCGGGGGUGUUGUUUACGAAAAUGAGAGGACGAAAAGCGAAUGUCCGGCGCUUUAACCGGACUCCAAACCAAUGGUGCACAUGGGCUCCAGUAUCCUGAAGGAACAAAUGGCGUAUGAACCAAUCGUUGAUCACCGGCUACCAUGGGACUGCAUCUCCUCACGAUGCUCCACUGCCUUGUGGGUCAGACGUUCAGGUCGAAGGCUCGGGGUGUGGCCCCCUAAGAAAACCACCUGCUUCGGUUUGGGCACCCGAGCAGUAUCACAGCCCUCACACAUAUCAAAUGAGAUCUGUGUGGCGCAUAUGUAUUUGGUGCCUCCUUGCACCAAUAUCUAUGUGUUGAAAUGAAAUGAAGAAGACAGUUUAGAUGUAUUUGUGUCAAGAUUUAUCAGAACUCAGACAUAUGGAGUUAUAGAUAAUCACAAACGAAAAAGUAGUUGGUUAGUUUGUGAAUACUUUCUAGCUGCCCAAACCACCUUUGACUAUGUUCUAGAACUCAUCGAUCACUAGGGUCAUUAAUUAAUUAGCAUUUUAGAUGCAAUCUGCACAAAGAGCUGAUGUUUUUGGUAUAGUGGCUUAUAUAACACGUCACAUUAGUCACAUCGUCUUAAUAAUUAAAUAUCGACAAUUAUUAUCUACCUGUUCAUAAGGUACAAGCUAUCCGAUCGUGUUUUGACUUCACACAAAGGUCCAGGAAGCGCUGUCUAAUAUCUGGUCGAUUUGGUAAUAUAGUAUAGUUUUACUGUCUUAACUUUUUCUAAAAGAUACACCAAUUUUUGUAAUUACAUUUAUAUUUAUAGAUCAAUGAGAAAUCGUUAUGUGAUCACUUGAAUUAUUUCUUAAAUUGGGGUUUAACUGCUCGACCUGAAAGAAUAGAUUGGCUUAUAUUACGUGGUGAAAUAGAAUUUUUCGUGAAAAAUUACCGCAAAGCUUUGUCAACAUAUCUCGAAUUUGGUAGUGUUGUCACGGACGCAUUCUCAAAGAAUGUUUUGUCAGUCUUUUUUACAAAAGAGUUGGUGUUUCGUAUGAUGUGUUGUCUUCAAUAUCUUGGAUUAUUUUAUGAAAGUGUUGUUCUUUCACAAUUCGGACCAUCCUCUGAUGAAUCUCUUGUGGAUAACGUCAUUCAAAUUAUUAAUAGUCUAGGUGAAAAUUCUAAUGGUUGGCCAAUAACUCAAAUAGAUACUUUUAGUACUGCAGUGAUAAACCAACAACCAUGUUCUUUUGAUAACAGUACUUCUGCGGAUUGUUUACGUGGAUCUUGUGGAGGUUCACUUCUUCAUACUACAUUAGAUUGUCCCGAUAGUUUAAUUCCUUAUUUAUGGAAUAUUCGUUUACUAUCAGCACUCGAACGUUCUGCUUCAAAUCGUGGUGCCCUUUUACAGUCUACCAAGUUUAAAGCUCGAAUCAAUAAUCCUGAACUCAAUGCUAACAAUCCAGAUGAAAUAUUAUUGGAAAAUAGGUGUGCUUUAAAUCUUGGAUAUCUUCGUUAUUUGUCCAACGUUUAUUUGGUUUAAUCAUACCACUUAUGUCUGCGAAUAACAGUUGUCGAUGCUUUUGUACAAUUCUUUCUUCAUAUUUUGAUCUUGUAAUACAGUUCUAUAAAUAUGUCGGUCACAUUAGUAAUCUGAAUAGUACAGGCGAUAUAUCUCCUCCUUGUAUCUGCGUGGGAUGAUCGAUAACUAUACUUAUUGAUGAUUUCCUAGUAAUAGACAUGAACUGAAUUUUGCGUUGGAGAUUCCAUCCAAACUCCAGAGCUACUAUUUUUCCUUUAGUCUAUCGAACAUUAAAGGAGGAAUUUUUUAUGAGUAUUGUUACAUUGGAAUUCCCUGAGAUCCCGGAAUAUUCUGCAUAACUUCUAGGCUUAUCUGUUGCUCACUAACAGAACACCGGUAAAUCAAAAGAUAACAGCUUUGCCAAAAUAGACGGUAUUAUAUGGGUUUGAAUAUACGUAUGAAAAUUACGCGAAUGUCUGAAUAGUUCCGCGGCGAGAUUCCUUCAGUUCGAUGUGUGCUUAAUGAGUUUGGUGCAAUCAGGCAAUCGUAAAAGGCGAAAUUCUGCUAUCGAGCAGAAAGUUAUAAUUAAGGUAAAAUACAAGACGAGUUAAUUGUCAAAGAGAAGAGUGUGUAAAAUUAUGGUGUUGUUUGGUAUUAUUACAUUUAUCCUUGGCACUAUAAUGAUAGAAAGUGUUAUAUCCCGACGAGAAUAAUAAAUAGUAAAUGUUGGGAUCUGUUUGUCGAUUAAUAUUAUACAUACCUUUUUAUUAUAUAUAUAUACCCAUAUUCCUCUUAUCAUAGACUUUAUUUUGACCUACAAAAUAUUAUUAUACAAAUUUAGCGUUGACAAGUUAUGCCCAUUCUAUCAAUUACAGUCUCCCACAUUCACAGCCUCUUUUGGCUAGAUCUUGUACAAAUGUUAUUUUCUAUUUUAUGGUGUGAUGUCUGUUUGGUUUUUCUAUAAACCCAGUAUGUUUGAAAUAUAUGAUUCAUAAUGCGGAGGCUGA